AUGCCUAGCAGUUUGGAUAAACUGUCGUCUUACCUAGAAAAUGAUCAAAAAGUGAUUACCAAAAAGUACAAUACAGAUAUAGAUAAAUUCAAGUUGGUAACGCGAAAAGGGGUGUUUCCAUAUGAUUAUCUUAACUCUUGGAAACGAUUAAAAGAGGAUAAAUUACCUACUAUUGACAAGUUUUUUAAUAAAAUUAACAACUCUCAUAUAUCUUCAGAAGAUUACAAUCAUGCUUGUAAUGUAUGGAACACAUUUAAUAUAAAAAAUGUACAAGAGUACGCGGAGCUUUAUUUAAAAACUGAUGUACUUCUUCUUGCUGAUGUGUUUGAAAAUUUCCGAUCAGCUUGUUUUAAAACUUAUGAGCUGGACAGUCUUCAUUAUUAUACUGCACCAGGUUUAGUGUUUGAUAGUAUGCUCAAAAUAACAAAAGUGCAAUUGACUACACUUGCUGACAUAGAUAUGAUAUUGUUUAUUGAACGAGGAAUUAGAGGAGGUGUCUCACAGUGUUCAAACAGAUAUGGAAAAGCUAAUAACAAGUAUAUGGGCUCAGAUUUCAAUCCUGAUGAACCUACCAGCUAUGUCAUGUAUUUCGAUGUUAACAAUCUUUACGGUGCAGCAAUGAGUGCAUCUUUACCUACAGGAAAAUUUGAGUGGGUUAACGAUAUUUAUAGUGAAACUGAAAUUUUUAACACAAGUGAUAAUUCUGAAUAUGGAUAUAUUUUUGAAGUAGAUCUUCACUAUCCCAAAGAAUUAUUUGAUGUUCAUAAGGAUUUACCCCUCUGUCCAGAACACUUAGUUCCACCAAGUUCUUCCUCAAAUACUACUAAAUUAUUAACAACACUGUACGAUAAAAAAAAUUACAUAAUUCAUUACAAAACUUUACAGCAAGCUUUAAAUUUGGGGCUUAAAUUAGGAAAAAUUCAUAGGUGUUUAAAAUUUGAACAAUCAAAGUGGUUAAAAGUAUAUAUUGAUUUAAAUACAGAAUUACGAAAACAAAGUAAAAACGAAUUUGAAAAAAUUUUUUUUAAGUUAAUGAAUAAUGCUGUCUUCGGAAAAUGUAUUGAGAAUGCUAGGAAAUACAAGGACAUUAAGUUAGUAACUAGAUGGUCGGGAAGAUUUGGAGCAAAUUAUUAUAUUUCUCAACCAAAUUUUAAUAGCUGUACAAUUUUUGGUAGAGACAUGGUUCUAAUUGAAAUGAAUCGAAUGAAAAUUAAGCUCAAUAAACCUAUAUACGUUGGUUUGUCAGUCCUCGACAUUUCAAAAACAUAUCUUUAUGAAUUUCAUUACAAGUACAUAAAUAAAAAAUUUGGAAAUACUGCUAAACUAUUAUAUACAGAUACAGACAGUUUAAUUUAUCAUUUUUUUGUUGAUGAUAUUUACAAACACAUAAAACAAGAUAUUCAUAUGUUUGACACCUCAGACUAUCCAAAAAAUAAUGAAUAUAAUAUUCCUUUAAAAAAUAAAAAAGUGCUAGGUAUAAUGAAGGAUGAGAAUAAUGGUAGGGUAAUGACUGAAUUUAUUGGUCUCAGAUCAAAAAUGUACUCAUUUAAAUUGUAUUACAAGGAAGAGGAACGAGCCAAAAGUAUUGAAGAGGCUAAGAGGAAUCAAAGUUUUAGUCAAUAUAUUGUCAAUAACAUUGGAGUUGUAAAAAAAGCUAAAGGGAUAACAUCUUCUGCACUUAAACAUAUUACGUUUGAUGACUAUUAUGACUGUUUAUUUAACAAAACAAUAGUUGAAGUAAAACAAAAUGUUAUUCAGUCUAAAAACCAUUCGGUAUUUACGUUAAAUCAAACAAAAAUUGCACUCAGCCCCUUCGAUGACAAAAGAAUUAUCAAUUAUGUGUAUACUGAUACCUUACCGUGGGGAUUCCAUGGUUAA